AUGAAAUAUAGCCAGAUGAUUAACAAGGUAACAGAAGAAGGCUUCCCAAUAACUUUGAACGACAUCGUCCCAAUGGAUUUAAUCUAUAUUGUUGAGUGCAUUGGGAGUGCAACAGCAAUGAGUAGUUCAGAGAAUGAGGUUUGCAGCAGUUUGGCAGGAACCUCAACUUAUUUGGAUGAAGUACCUUUUAAAAUUUCUCAGAAGUUCCAGACUAUUGCCUUGGAAGAACUCACUCCAAGUUCCCCAUCCUUUCCCUGUGUGCCUGACUGCUUUGAGAUACUGAAACAAACACAGUAUGACUUUACACUGGAAAAGAAAGUAUUGAAAUGGGUGCAAGACCAAUUCCUACAAGAAACUCCAAGGAUUGUCCCAACAUGUCCACCAUUCUGGCUUGCGUUUACUGAUCUUGAGGGAGAAGACACUGAUGAUAUGAAUAAUGAAUCUUGUCAUACCAAACCUCAAAGGGGUCACAUGGUUUUGAGGACCAGAAGGUGCAGGAGUUUCAGUGUGACAGAUAUUAAACAUGUUUGCCCAAAGGCUGCAUACAUAUCAGACUCAGAAAGUGAUGAUGGAUACUCAGAGGAUGAUGAACUCUCAUCGUCUGAUGAAAAUGAAAAUCAGAAACUUCCUUCAAUGCCAUUUCUCAGGAGUAAGUUUAGUGUCCGAUCCAGAUUCCUGGAUGGAAGACCAGCCUCCUCACCGGAUAAUCCUUCCAGAAGUAGACACAAUGAGACGUGUUUUAGUGCCAGCUUAACAAGACUGCCUCACAUCUCUGGAUUGAGGCGCUCACCUCUUUGUAACAAUACUAAUGGUGAGGAAGAAAGUAGGAGGGAUGGACCGAGUUGGUCACCAGCAUAUGGACCAAGAAAGCUUCCUCGAAAAUUUCCCUGCCAGCACCCAAACAACAAGAACAACAAAAAUAUAAAUUUGGGCAAAUGUAUUAUUGGAAGUCCACCGCUUUCCUCUGCCCAGUUUCAAGUGGAAAGGUCAUCUUUGAAUAGGGCAAGAACUCCAUUCAGAAAAUACAAACAACCAUUUCUGCUGCUCAGAAACAAUUCCUGCCUUCCAGCACCCCCGACAACUCCAAGACCUUUGAGUUCCCACAAAUGUCUCCCAGACUCAACUGCUGAUCUGCUAUUGGCACUCAGUCAAAAAGAACAAGAUCUGAUUCAACCAGUUAUGAAGCAGGGAUAUCCAAUAAGCAGAGUGAUUUGGGCUAUCCAGAACAUUGGACAAGGCAGCACAAAACAGAUCCUCAAGUAUCUGAGUGCCUGGGACCGUCUCUGUAAGGAGGGCUAUAAGGAGAGACUUGUUGAAGAAGCUAUGGAGAUUUUUCAGAAUUCUGAGGAAAAGGCAGAGGAGUUCUUGAUUCUUAUGACGCAGUUCGAUGAGAUGGGUUUUCAACAUGAAGAUAUUAAGGAAGUUCUUCUCAUCCAUAACAACCAUAGGGAAAAGGCACUUGAGGAGCUUAUGAUGCGCUCCAGAUAG